GUCCUCCCAGUCCAUUCUCCCAUCCACGUCGUUCUCGGCACCAGACACGUACACGUCGUGCUCGAGCGCGCAUCCGGACCUACUUGAGACGUGCACAUCGCGCCGUACGAUCCCUCUCAACUCCAUCGCUUCAUCUUGCUUCAGCCAUGGCUUCUUUCCCUCCUCUGAAAAACGACCUGAUCCUGCGAGCCGCGCGAGGCGAGGAGACCGAACGCGCUCCAGUGUGGGUCAUGCGACAAGCAGGAAGGUAUCUCCCUGAGUUCCUCGCGGUGCGCGCCGAGCACGGCUUUUUCGAGAUCUGCCGUACGCCCGAGCUCGCGAAGGAGGUGACCCUCCAGCCCAUCCGUCGGUACUCCGGCCUCCUCGAUGCGGCGAUCAUCUUUUCCGACAUUCUCGUCGUCCCCCAAGCGAUGGGCAUGGAGGUCCUCAUGAAUCCCGGCCCACACUUCCCUGACCCGCUCGUCACGCCCGCAGACAUCGAGAAGCUCACGAAGGAAGUCGAAGUCGACAAGGAGCUCGGGUACGUCUACGAGGCGAUCACGCAUACGCGGAAGGCCUUGAACGGAGAGGUGCCCCUCAUCGGGUUCUCCGGCGCGCCGUGGACGCUGUUCUCGUACAUGAUCGAGGGUGGUGGCUCGAAGACGUUCCAGAAGUGCAAGUCAUGGCUGUUCAAGUAUCCCGAGGAGUCUAAAGCGCUCUUGGACCGGAUAGCAGACGUCUGCGUCGACUUCCUCGUCGGACAGAUCAAGGCUGGUGCCCAACUCGUUCAGGUCUUCGACUCGUGGGCAGGCGAGCUCGCCCCGCACCACUUCGAAGAGUUCUCCCUCCCCUCCCUCCAACGCAUCUCCUCCGGUGUGCGCGCCAAGCUCGCCGCCGAGAACAUCCCCGCGGUGCCCAUGACGCUCUUCCCCAAGGGCGCGAACUCGCAGAUCGCCCUGUGCGCCGAAAAGGCCGGCUACGACGUCGUCAGUAUCGACUGGUGCAUCGACCCCGCCGAUGCGCGCCGUGCCGCGGGCUACAAGGUCGCGCUACAGGGCAACCUCGACCCAAAUGUGCUGUAUGGGGGCCGGGACGCGAUCGAGCGCGAGGUGAAGCGGAUGGCGGAGCGGUUCCGGGGCGGGAAGAAGGCGAAAGCGUGGAUCGCGAACUUGGGACAUGGUAUCACCCCUGGGGUGGAUCCGGAGGAUAUGCGCUGGUUCUUGGAGUGCGUGCACAAGUACUCGGCAGCCUGAGCUUGGCCGAGCGGAAUCCACAGUUGGGAGAAGUACGUACACUCUGUUGUACUAGUAGUGAUGCUAGACAUGCGUUAUCGGUAGUAUCAAUCCCUUGACUCUUACUGAGACAAGCCUUCCUG